AUGAAACUCCUGCCGCUCGUUUUGCUUCAGUGCUUCGUGGCGCUUACAGCGGCGUUCACUGUGCCCAAAAGAGACUACCAGUCGAAACAGUACUUUGUGGUGGAAAUCGACCACUCCCAGCUGGGGGCCAACUUGCAUGAGUUUAUCGGUAAACAUGGCCAUGUGUACCAUUACGAACAUCCUGUGAGAGGCAUGGACGACCAUUUUGUGUUUAGUGUGGAUAAGAACCACGAGAACAUGGCGAUUUUGGGUAACCAUAACUCCAACAAACAUAAUCUUAUGAAGAGAGCUCCAGGGUUGGAAAGUGCCUACGAUGAUUUGACUCACCACCCAGGCUUGAAGCUGGUCCAUAUGUUAUACCCCAAGAAACUCGAACGGAGGAUGCCUGUGCCUGUGGACGCUGCUACUGCUGAGGAAAUCGCCGCUAGAGAGCUCCACAUAGUUGAUUCUCUGCAAGAGUCUUUGAAAGAGGUUAGCGAUAAGCUCGGCAUCAACGACCCACUUUUCCUUCGCCAAUGGCACUUGCUAAAUACUCAGUACCCUGGGAACGACGUGAACGUUAAGAAUGUCUGGUACAAUGGUAUUAAGGGUAACAACGUCACCGUCGCUGUGGUCGACGAUGGCUUGGACCACGAUUCCGAGGACUUGAAGGCUAACUUCAACGCCAAGGGUUCUUGGGACUUCAAUGAUAACACAGACUUGCCCACUCCACGUCUCUUUGACGAUUAUCACGGCACCAGGUGCGCCGGUGAAAUCGCUGCAGUGAAAAACGAUGUGUGUGGUAUUGGCGUGGCCUACGAGGGUAAAGUCGCAGGUAUCCGUAUUCUUUCAGGCGCCAUUACCUCCGAGGAAGAGGCUGCUGCCAUGAUAUACGGCCUAGAAACUAAUGAUAUUUAUUCUUGUUCUUGGGGCCCUACCGACAACGGCAGGACCGUGGCUGCACCUGACUUGAUUGUCCGCAAGGCCAUGAUUAAAGGUAUCCAAGAGGGCCGCCAGAACAAGGGUGCCGUGUACGUCUUUGCAAGCGGAAACGGCGGUAGAUCUUAUGAUCAGUGCAACUUUGACGGCUACACCAACUCCAUAUAUUCCAUCACUGUGGGCGCCAUCGACUAUAAAGGUUUGCACCCAAAUUAUGCCGAAGCCUGUUCUGCUGUCAUGGUUGUGACAUACAGUUCUGGUUCCGGUGAGCAUAUUCAAACUACAGAUAUAAAGAAAAGAUGUUCUCUGACACACGGUGGAACCUCUGCAGCUGCUCCAUUAGCUGCUGGUGUCUACGCCUUGGUGUUGCAGGCAAACCCAAACCUCUCUUGGCGUGAUGUACAACACAUUAGUGCCAGGGCUGGUGUUACUGUGAACGAGAACGACGGCGACUACCAAGAGACUGCCCUCGGGCUCAAGUACUCCCACAAGUACGGUUACGGUAAAAUAGAUGCUGAAAAGCUUGUGGAAGAAGCCAAGAAGUGGAAAGGUGUCAAACCACAGGCAUGGUACUAUUCAGAUGUCAUGGAAGUCAACCAGGUUGUUAACUCUGGUCCAGUGGGUCCUAGUGAUUGGAUCUCGAGCACUGUAAAGCUUACAAAGGAAGACUUAAAGCUCAUGAACUUUGAACGUGUUGAGCACGUUACCGUCACUGUCAACAUUGAUUCUACUUUUAGAGGCCAGAUUCAAGUCAAGUUGACCUCGCCUCACGGUGUGGUCAGUAACCUCGCAGACCGCAGGCCAUUAGAUCAGUCCAAUCGUGGUCUUCAGGACUGGACGUUCAUGUCAGUGGCACAUUUCGGUGAAGAGGGUGUUGGUGAAUGGAAACUUGAGGUUUCAAGCUCUCGUGGAGAGAACGAGGUGAAGUUGAAGAACUGGCAGCUUCGUCUCUUUGGUGAAUCGAUCGAUGCCGACAAGGCUCUGAAAUACGAUGUCACCAAGGACUAUGCCGCUGAGCGUCGUGAACUUGAAAAGAGCAAACCUUCUUCGACAUCGGAGACUCUGACUAAGACCACAGUUGCAAAGACUGAACUGUCGACCUCUUCCAUCACAACCAAGACUCCAGAGACCACCGAGGUGGAAACCACUUCCACUAGCACUACAAAGGAUGUUACUAAAACAACAACCACGGACGACGCUGGUAAGAAGAAGCCUGAGAAGACUGAAAAGCCUGAAAAACCAGAUGAUAGCAGUGACGAGGAUUCAGACUCCGAAGACGAGGACGGCAAGCAAGACAAUGACAAGCAUUACGCCGCAGACCAUGCUGGACAGUAUUUCAUGGCGUUGGCCGUUCUCGGAUUCCUUAUCGCCAUCAUCACCAUGAAGUGUCACAAGUCGCCAGGCAGCACUCGUCGCAGGAGAAGAGACGACUACGAGUUUGACAUUAUCCCUGGCGAAGAUUACAGCGACAGUGAUGACGAAGAAAGAGAUUCGCUCGACCUAGGCCCAAACCGCCAGCGCGAGCAGCAGACGCUUUUCGAUGACUUCAAUGCCGAAACGUUGCCUGAUUACGAUGAUGAUAUGUUCCAAAUCGGCGACGAGCCAGAAGACGACCAUCACGAGACACGUGGUAUCGACGGUAAGCAGACAGAAAACGGUACACUGAGUCCAGAGACGCCUGACAUCUACAACGAAGACAAUGGUAGUCAGGAACGUCUUGUGGGAGGAGAUGAUGAUGACAGGAGGUGA